AUAAUGCCUACAAUAAAACUGCAGAGCUCUGAUGGGGAAAUCUUCGAGGUGGAUGUUGAGAUAGCCAACAGUCUGUCACCAUUAGACCAUGCUAGAAGAUUGGGGAUGGAUGAUGAAGGAGAUGAUGAUCCAGUUCCCCUCCCUAACGUGAACGCUGCCAUCCUCAAGAAGGUAAUUCAGUGGUGCACUCAUCACAAAGAUGACCCCCCUCCUCCUGAGGAUGACGAGAACAAGGAGAAAAGGACAGAUGACAUCCCUGUAUGGGAUCAGGAGUUCCUCAAAGUGGACCAAGGCACCCUGUUUGAACUCAUUCUGGCCGCCAACUAUUUGGACAUCAAAGGCCUGUUAGAUGUCACCUGCAAGACGGUGGCCAACAUGAUCAAAGGCAAAACCCCAGAGGAGAUCAGGAAGACUUUUAACAUCAAAAAUGAUUUCACAGAGGAGGAGGAAGCCCAGGUACGCAAAGAGACAUGGUGUGAAGAAAAAUAGAGGAAGACCAACACUACCACACUGAAAAGGAUUGUCUCUGCUAACUGGUUGCACUGGCGUUGUUCAUACUUGUUAAUAUUUACAUUUAGUAUAUUUAGAGCCAUAUCCCUCCCUCCCCUCCCCACCACCAUCACUUUUUCUUAAUUUCUGUCUACCAGUAAUAGCAUGACUGUUUUAACUUGCCUGCGUGGUGUCAAUAAUUUAAAGCUAAGAAACUCUCCUGUUUGCACACACUUACAUUGUGUAUUGACAUAAAUAGUCCUGGUUUCACAGCUUUGUAUCCUUAAAGAGUUGAAGACUCAGAUUUCCCCUAUUAUUAACUGCUCUGUUUUUUUUUUUUUUUUUAAACUUUACAUUUGUUUUCUGAAUAAAUAAAAAUGCUUUUUGACAAUGGAAA